AUGCAAGAUUUGCAGAUUCAUGGAAAACAACGAGUGACAAUGCCAAAUAUCAGCGUUGUAGAUUUUACAUAUGAUGAUGAAAUUGCAAGAAAGAGACCACAAGAUCGGGUCGAAAAUGAAGCAGCAAAGAAGAAAGGAUUAUCGGCUCAUCUAACGCUGAUCAAUUUCCUCAAAGGUAUGAUUGGUCCUGGCUGCUUCUCACUUCCGCUGGCUUUCCGUGAAGCCGGACUUUGGUCUGGUUUUGUCCUGGUUUUUCUUAUCGGACUAGUCACUUGCAUAUGCAUGUCAAAAAUUGUAAGAUGCAGUCAAUUCUUGGCCGCGAGGCAACCAAAAGUGGAAACUCUGAAUUACGCGGAAAUGGCUGAUGAAUCCUUCAAGCAAAGCUUUCCAGUUUUACGGAAGCAUGGACACAUAGCAAGACGCAUCGUCAAUUUGUGUUUGUCAAGCCUUGUUCUUGGAGUAUGCUCAAUAUACUACAUCUUCGUCGUUGAUCAUACAAUUCAGGUGCUCAACCAUGUUUGGCCGACAUUACAACUCAGCAAGCUUACCUACCUCAUCAUUGCUAUUGUGCCAUUCACGCUGCUUUCGUAUGUCAGAAAUGUUCGAGUAAUGUCAUUUGUCAGUUUGGCCGGUAACAUCUUCAUGGUUCUAGCCAUAAUAAUUAUAUUUUGGCAACUUCUGCCUGCUCCUCAUCUUACCAGGGAAUUACCAACCUAUACAAAUUUUCGUGGUUUAUUGCUGGCUGCAGGUGCUGUAAUGUAUUCAUUUGAAGGACAAGCAUUGAUUCUUCCUUUGGAGAAUAAAAUGAAAUACCCAGUUGAAAUGCGAGGAUACACUGGCGUUCUGUCAACAGGGAUCUCGCUGGUGACUAUAUGUUACGCCGCAUGUGGAUUUUUCGGUUAUGUCACAUAUGGCAAGAAUGUGAGAGAAAGCAUCACUCUAAAUAUGGAUGACGGAAUCAUGAAUCUCAGCAUGAAAGCUUUGAUGGCGUUGGUGGUCUACACUGGUUAUCUCUUGCAGCUUUAUACUUUGGUAGAAAGUCUCAAACCAUCAUUGCUGAGAUUCGCCCAGCGGAAAGCAAUCGACACGAAGAAAACGGCGAAGAUCAGCGACUACGUGCUGAGGACUGUCAUUGUACUGCUUUCGUUCACGAUAGCACUCCUGGUUCCGAAUCUUGAAGACCUCAUACCCUUGGUGGGCGUCACAGCAGGAAUGAUGUUGGCUUUAAUAAUACCCGCUACCCUUGAUGUGACGACGUAUCUUCCGGUUUACCUAGCAGAAAACCGAUAUAAGGAUAUUGUACUGUUACUGUCAAAUAAUGCAUUUUUCUUUUUGCUGGGUAUAUUCUUUGUCAUAGCAGGUUUAGAUGCGAAUAUCAGGCAUUUAUUGAAAUAG